AUGGCGUUUCCAAGUCACCACCGCAACCAUUCGCCGGCUGGUAUGAGUCGCUUUGUGGCUGGUCCGAGGGCAUCCACUGGCAUGGUCCAACUCGGAUCGUCUGUCGAGGAACAACCUAGGCGAUAUUACGACUAUGCCGAUUAUCCAUCGGAUGCAGGGUAUGCUAGUACUGCUUAUCGGCACUAUCCAUCGCACCACUCUCCAGUGGAGGCCCGACCGGUCAGUACUCAGCAUCUCCGCGAUCCAGGUCAAUCAGUCAAGAAGCGCACGGAGGUCGCCUGUCGGUGUCUACUCACCAUGGUCCUGCGAUCCAUUCGAGUUACGGCAGGGCCGCGAGCCCCCCUUGCAGCCAGUUCGGGCCAUUAUGUGACGCCCGCCUCAUCUCAUCAUGAUCCACGUCACCGCCGAGUCUACAGUACCGAUUAUGCGAGCGACACAGGACGUUUGACCUUGCAGAAUCGUGUCAAGCACCGAUCGGGUGAAAGGUCUCAUCAUGCUCCACCCAGCAGACAACAUCGAGUUUACGAUAGCAGAAAGGGCAAUGAUAUUGAUACUCGCAAUGCGUACUCAUACACAACACCCCGUGAGCAAUUUGAUCGCGACUAUCCCGUUGAUUCUCGACCACGUCGCCCCUCCGGCAGAACGCCGCACGAGCGGCCUGUGAGCAUGACAGCGACAGAACUGAGCGCUUGGCAGCACCACAGAGACGGACCCUCAAGACCUCAUCCGACAAGUCGAGAGCUUGAGAGGGUGGCUCGUGAAGAACAGCCACGCUCUUCUAGGCCAGUCCAUGAUGAAUAUUCCUCUCGUGAGCUGUCGAACAUCAAGCAGCCCUUUCGUGAGUUGCCAAAUAUGAGAGCAGGGCCUGAUCGUCCACACGGAGGUCAUGAUGAAUACCACUCUCGUGAGUUGUCAAACAUCAAGCAGCCCUUUCGCGAGCUGCCAAAUAUGAGGGUAAGGCCUGACCGUCCACAAGUUGUAGCACCCCGUGGCUCAGACGAUGGUUCCGACUCUUUUAGAGAUACUCAUCGUAAUCACUACCGUCGUGAUUAUGGAUCUCAUCACGAGGACGAUCGGGCUCACCAUGACGACCGACAUGACGACCGACAUGACGACCGACGUGAUGACCGACGUGAUGAUCGACCAUCGCGCGCCCAUCAUAACGGAGUCAAUGAAGGUGCAUUGGUAGGGCUGGGAACAGCUGCUUUGGGACAUGGCUACUCAGAUAUGUCUAACUACGACGACUACCGCCCUGCUUCGCGACAACACAGACGUCCCCGUGAUCCAAAACGUAACUAUGGUGCUACGGAAUCUACGUCUCGCGAGCUUAUUGAAGGAGUUCCGUCCAGCCCUGACAAUGACAAGCAGCUUUACCUUGAGCCUGCUGAUAAAGACCGCCAGCACCGUCGUCGUCGUAGUCCAUCACACAGAAAGUCGCGAGCGGCUCACGCCAGCGAUACAGACGGAUUCACCGACGAUGAAGACCUCCGCAGAUACCAGCGAGAACCGUCUGCCGCCCCUAAUAAGCACAGUAGCGAGGACCACAGCGAUGACAAUCACACGGCUAUUCGUCGCCGCCCUCCACGGGAGCGCUCACAUGUGCGUUCUCGCAGUCGGUCUCGGUCCUCUGAUGAUGACAGCAAGAAUGGAGGCAGGAAGGUCGUUGCAGUGGAUCCGCGUCCCCAUAAAGACAUUGAGGUAAAGCCGAAGGGUAUCCUUAAGAAGCCGAAACCUUCAUUCCCCGAAGAACCCAAUCCAGUGAGAGAAGGGGUAGCUCCUCUGAAGGAUGCAGACAAUAGCGGCGUUCCACCCGGUGCUCGGUGGACCAAGAUCGAUCGCAGACUGGUCAAUCCAAGUGCACUGAGACUGGCCGGCGAGAGAUUUGAGGAGAGAGAGGAUUACGUGAUCGUAUUGAAAGUUCUGUCGGUUGAAAAGAUUGAGGAGCUUGCUGCGGCAACGAGAGCUAUUCGAGAUGCUCGCAGCAAGGAGUCUGUGCGUGACAGACGCCAACGCAGAGAUGAACACCGACGAGACGGCCACCACUACGACUCAUCUUCUAGUGAUGACGAGGAUGAAGAUGAGCAUGAUGAUCAUAGACACGAAUCUUUGCAGAUUGAGGCAGCACCAAUGCCCGACUCCUUCGACUUGCCCGAGCGCCCUCGUCAACACAAAUAA